CAGGCUUUAGUUUUUUACUUCUAAGUACAAAACUAAGUGGUGGUUGCCCAUAAUUUAGUAUGAAAUGGUUGUAAUAAGACAAACUGUGUAUUCUUGUGCAAUUUAAGAAUAAUUUUCCAUGCAACUACUGACCUGUUUUAAAACUGAAUUCUGAAAUUCCAGGUAUUUGAAGAUAUUCACCUGCAAAAUAGACCAACAGUGAAAAUGAUCCUAGAUUAUGCUGAUAAAAUAUUUAGCUACAUCUUUUUGAUGGAGAUGCUUCUGAAAUGGGUAGCUUAUGGAUUGCACAGUUACUUCACAAAUUCCUGGUGUUUGCUUGACUUUGUCAUUGUAUGUCUGUCAUUUGUUUCCUGGGCACUAAAUCCUGACCCCAGAGAUGUAUCACCUUGUUCCUCUGGAAGUGGCCUGAAAUCUCUCAGGACUCUUAGAGCACUGAGGCCUCUACGAGCUUUGUCAAGAUUUGAAGGGAUAAAGGUUGUUGUCAAUGCACUCCUUGGAGCUAUCCCCUCAGUCUUCAGUGUUUUGCUCGUCUGUGUUGUCGUUUGGCUCCUAUUUAACAUUCUAGGAGUAAAAUGGCUUGGGAAAAGAUUUUCAAAGUGCAUACUCCAGGAAGGAAAUAUCAGUCUCAUUAAUGACAAAAGUGAUUGUGAGUCCUAUGGUGGAAAUUGGACAAAUUCUCCUGUAAACUUUGAUAAUGUUGGGAUGGGAUACUUGGCUCUGCUCCAAGUGGCAACUUUUAAAGGCUGGAUGGAUAUUAUGUAUGCAGCAGUGGAUUCACGUCAGAUCAAUGAACAGCCAAAGUUUGAAGCAAGAUUAUAUAUGUACAUAUACUUUGUGGUUUUCAUUAUUUUUGGAUCUUUCUUCCUGUUGAACUUUUUUAUUGGAGUGGUUAUCAACAAUAUUAACCAACAAAGGAAAAAGAUAAGUGGAAAAGAUCUAUUUUUGUCUAAGGAACAGGAAAAGUACUAUAAUGCCCUAAAAAAACUUGGAUCCAAGAAACCUCAAAAACCCAUCCCAAGACCAUCGAAUGUGUUCCUGGGAUUGCUGUUUGAUAUCGUAAUGCACAGAGCAUUUGACAUCAUCAUUGUCAUUUUCAUCUGCCUAAAUAUGUUUGUUAUGAUGGCAGAAAAUAACCAGGAAGGCACCAAGGAACUUCUUAAUAAAAUCAACUAUUUUUUUCUGGCUGUAUUUACAGCAGAAUGUGUCAUAAAAAUACUGGCCUUAAGACAGCAUUACUUCAAAAGCGGCUGGAACUUAUUUGAUUUUAUUGUUGUGGUCCUUUCAAUAGUCAGUAUUGGAGUUUCUGAAGCCUUUAAAAAACUCAUCUCUCCUACACUUUUGAGAAUUAUUCGUUUGGUGCGAAUUGGACGAAUCCUGAGAUUGGUUCGAAAAGCGAGAGGAAUUCGAACCCUUCUCUUUGCAUUACUGAUGUCUCUUCCUGCACUGGUCAACGUUGGCCUUUUGCUUUUCCUAAUUAUGUUCAUUUAUGCCAUUGUGGGCAUGGCAAACUUUGCCUGUCUUCCCUGGGAAGGUGGGAUUGAUAACAUUUUCAACUUUCAAACCUUUUCUGGUAGCAUUCUCUGUCUCUUCCAAAUUACAACAUCAGCUGGCUGGGAUAGUCUUCUGGCCCCUUUGUUAAGUGAAUCUGCUACAUGUGCUCCAAACUUAGAUUUAGAAGAGGAAGAUAAAACUAACUGCAGUAAUAGAAUAUUUGGUAUUUUUUAUUUUGUAAGCUAUGUCAUCAUAAAUUUUCUUAUUGUUGUAAAUAUAUACAUAGCUGUCAUUUUAGAGAACUUAAAUGUUGCCACUGAAGAAAGCACAGAUCCUCUUUGUGAGGAGGACUUUGAUAUGUUUUAUGAGACCUGGGGAAAAUUUGAUCCUCUGGCAACACAGUUUAUUGACUAUUCUGCUCUUUCAGACUUUGCAGAUGCUCUGGCAGAACCCUUGCGCAUUCCAAAGCCCAAUAACAUCCAGCUCAUAUCCAUGGACUUCCCUAUAUUUAGUGGAGAUAAGAUCCACCACUUGGAUAUCUUGCGUGCUUUCAGUAAACGAGUCUUGGGAGAAUGUGGAGAUUUAGAUAGUCUUGAAUUAUUCAUUGAAGGCAAUACUGUGGUUGCCAAUCCAAUUUCUUCCACUCUUAAAAGAAAACAAGAGGAGGUAUCAGCAGUUAUUAUCCAAAGGGCCUUCAGGAGGUAUUUGAUACAGCGUUCUUUCAAAAAUACAUCUUUCUUAAGCCAUCACAGACAGAACAGUGCUGUCUUUGGAGAAGAAAUGCAGGAGAAGCAAAGGAUUAUUGUAUCAAUGCUUAAUGAAAGCAGUGGCAGGAAGAUGCAUAAAUCACGGCCUGUUUCUUCCACAUUUCUCCCUUGACUCUAUGAUGCUUUUGCUGACACAAAUAAGCUGGACACAUAAGGUUACCCCAGGCCGCAGCAUUUUUGACAUUUAAAGCAAAGUCACUGAUUUUCAGAUGGAGACAAUAUGUGAAUCCCAGAGCAUAAUAUUCUGAAUUUAGAAUAAUGAUGGUAGCCUUCAAGCAUUGUGAUUGUUCAAAUUUGCAAAUUCUCCUUAAAAUGAUUAAGAUCUGAACAGCUAUGUCAUAAAUAUUGGAGAAAAAUCAAACCAUAGAAAAUUUUUCUCAGCUAGUGGAGUAGGUGGGUUAAUUUUUUCACCUGCCAAUUUUGACCUAGUUCAUGUGUUUACAGAAGAAAUUCUUAAAAGAUCAGUUGUAAGCACAGAUUUAUAAACACACAAGGCUCUAGAAUAAUGUAAAUCUCUUUAGAGAUAACCAAUAUUUCCAACUAGGCUUUAUUGUAGCAAAAUAAAACAAUUACUGCACUUCUGUAAUAGAGCUCAUUCAGGACACUCGAGUAUAAUCAGCCUCUGACUUUGAUGGUUUUGGGACCAUCCUCCUCCUAGCAUGUUUGGGUGGAUUUGUUUAUGAUUAAGAAUUUUGGAGGUGUGUUUAUAUGUGCAGCUAAGUUUCCCAACCAGGCUUUAUUGUAGCAAAAUUAAAUAAGUACUCCACUUCUGUAAGAGAGCUCACUCAAGACACUCAAGUAUAACUAGCCUCUAAUUCUGAUGUUUUGGGCAAUAUCCACCUCCUAGCAUCUUUGGGUGGAUUCACUUAUGCAUAAUAAUUUUAUAUGUGUACUAAAAUAGAUUUACCAGAUCAUCCUCAGUUGCCCGUGCUUGAAAGUUCUAUAUAAUUUGUUCUUUGUAUCAUUCAGCAUAUGAAAAUUGUCAUAAUCAUAGCUACCAAGAGAUAUUACUUGAGAAAAUAUUAAGAAUUACUGUACAUAAAUUUCAUCACUAUACUUAAUUCAAAUGUCAUAGAAAGCAUUACUUAGUAAUCUGAAAAGGAGUUCAUGGUAUAUCUUAUGAGACAGCAUUUAGUAAAAGUUAGAGGAAGCGUUUAUUUGAUUGAUUCUGAAAAAAAAAAAAGAAUAUUGUGUAAUAAUAUUUUAGUGAUUCUUUUGCAGUUUAGGUUGUUCAGAUGAAGUGUCAUGGUGGAUUCAGAACGACUAAUAAAAUGUGACUGGUUUAGAUUCUUCAAUAAAGACUUCAGAUGCUUAA